ACACACACUAUGUGCACACUACUAGACGAUAACCGUUGGAGUGAGCGAAAUACAAGAGUGAGAUAAAAAGAGAGGGGGAGUACUUGAGUGAUGUUUCCGAACGCAACCCUAAUUGAGCCGGUGAUAUACAACGCGUGAACGCGGGUAAUAGAACAAUAUUUUUUAAUUGAUAAACGUGAAAUAUCGUAAUCGCAGCAGUUCAAAAUGAGCAAAGCACAUCCACCGGAACUCAAAAAAUAUAUGGAUAAAAGAUUGUCUUUAAAAUUAAACGCAGGACGGCACGUUACCGGCAUAUUGAGAGGUUUCGAUCCAUUCAUGAAUAUGGUUAUAGAUGAAACCAUAGAAGAAUGCAAGGAUGGUACUAAGAAUAACAUCGGCAUGGUGGUAAUCCGUGGCAACAGUGUCAUAAUGUUAGAAGCUUUAGACCGAAUAUGAUUUGUACUACUAGAACUUAAGAGCUACUUCUAUCAUAUACUUUUGAAUAAAUAAUCAUGCUUUUCUAUGAAA